AUGGAGCUAGAGCACCAAAAGGUGGAACGACAGCAGCUUUUGGAAGACUUGAAGGAGAAGCAACAGGAGAUCUUGCAUUUCCAGGAGGAACGGCUAUCUCUCCAGGAGAAAGACUCCAGGCUGCAGCAUAAGCUGGCCCUCUUGCAGCAACAGUGUGAAGAGAAACAGCAGCUCUUCCAGUCCCUCCAGUCAGAGCUGCAGAUCCACGAGGCACUUAAUGGCAAUUCCAAGAAGGGGCUGAAAGCUUACACCUGGGAUGCCUGUCACCAAGUCCCUUUGGGCAGUGACUUGAGCCGCCUGGUGGCAGAGAUCCGAGCUUUGAGAGGGCAGCUGGAGCAGAGCAUUCAGGUGAACAACUGUCUGCGACUGCAGCUUGAACAGCAGUUGGAUGGUGGUGCCAGCAAAGCCAGCCUCAGCCCCUCCUCUGUUAACCAGAAAUUCCCCAACAACACUGACCCUGGAAACAAGCAGCUGCUCUUCCAAGAUUCAGUUGCCUCCCCUCCAGUUCGGGAUGUGGGCAUGAAUUCUCCAGUUCUGGUCCUCCCCAGCUCCUCUUCUGCUGCUUCUGGCUCAGGGACCACAACCUUCAACAGGAAAAAUGAGCUGGGUUUGGAUGCUUCUCCAGUAAUGAAGAACCCUCCCAAGCUGGAGGGUGAUGCUACUGAUGGCUCCUUUGCCAAUAAGCAUGGCCGCCAUGUCAUUGGCCACGUUGAUGACUAUAGUGCCCUAAGACAGCAGAUUGAAGAGGGCAUACUGCUGGUCAAGAAGGUAGCAUCCCUCAUGAGAUCAACCUGCAACUUCCUUGGCCUUGAAGCUCUAGGCACAGAGGUGAUGGGCAGUGAAGCCAUCCAUGAGCUCAGGAGCAGUGCCAACGCCCUGCACCACCGGCUGGAGGAGUCCGCCUCCCUCCUCACCAUGUUCUGGCGAGCAGCCUUGCCAAGCUCCCAUGGCCCUGCGCUGGGUGGCAAAGUGGGAGAGUCCAUGAAAAGGGAGCUUCUGGAACUGAGAACCAAACUAUCCAGACAGGAGAGUCUCCUUCAGAGCACAGCUGAGCAUCUGAAGACCGCCAACCAGCAGAAGGAGAGCUUGGAGCAGUUCAUCUUCAGCCAGUCUGAAAUCCCUAAGGGCUCUUCCAUGCACUCCAGUCCUGUGACCCUUGCCUUCCAGGAGCCAAGCAAGAAGCGAAGCCACCAGAGGUCCUCCAAACAGCAGGAAGGAUGGGCCUGCCCCCCUUUUUCACAGCUCCCUGUCUGCUGA